CCCCCCCCGCGCGCCAUGGAGCAGGCGCCGCGGAAGCGCAAGGGCGCGCCCCCGGCGUGCUCCGCCGCCAGGUCCCUCCAAGAUUUGGCCUCCCGCAAGCGCGCCUGCCGCGGGUCCGACCCGCAGCGGCUCCCCUGCGCCGACGCGGCCGCGGGCGCCCCCGCCGUGGUGAUGACGGCCCCCGCGGCGAGCGGCGCGUCGGCGUCGGCGGGGUUCCUCCCCGGCCGCGGGCUCAAGCGCAAGGUGGGCUGCAUCGACCCCGCCACGCGGAUCGGGCGCCGGAAGCGGCUGGAGAGCGAGUACGACCUCGGCGAGGAGAUCGGGCACGGCAAGUUCGGGUCCGUCCGCGUCUGCCGCGCCAGGGCCGGGGCCGGGGCCGGGCACCCCCGGGGGCGCGAGGAGGAGGAGUUCGCGUGCAAGGCGCUGCCCAAGAACGCCGGGGACACGGCGCACCGCGAGGUGGAGAUCAUGCAGCACCUCUCCGGCCACCCGGGCGUCGUCACGCUCAGGGCCGUCUUCGAGGACGCCGACGCCUUCUACCUCGUCAUGGAGCUCUGCCGCGGCGGCCGCCUCCUCGACGAGGUGGCCAGGGAGGGGAGGCUCUCCGAGCGCCGCGCCACCAGCGUGAUCAGGGAGCUCAUGGCCGUGCUCAAGUACUGCCACGAGAUGGGCGUCGUGCACAGGGAUAUUAAACCGGAUAAUGUUCUGCUCACCAAGGCCGGGAGGUUGAAACUCGCAGAUUUUGGGCUCUCCGUGCGAGUCGCUGAUGCAGGUCAGAAAUUAACUGGUGUUGCUGGGAGCCCUGCAUAUAUGGCACCUGAGGUUCUACUAGGAAAUUACUCGCAAGAAGUAGAUAUAUGGGCUGCAGGGGUGGUUCUGCAUGUGCUGCUGCUCGGCACUCUUCCAUUUCGAGGCAACUCUGUUGAAGCUAUCUUUGAAGCUAUAAAGACAGUCGAGCUUGAUUUUCACAGCGAGCAGUGGGAACCCGUUUCACUUCUAGCCCGUGACCUCAUCAGCAAAAUGCUUAAUCGAGAUGCCUCUUCACGGUUAGCUGCUGCUGAUGUUCUCCGGCACCCCUGGAUAUCAUUCUACGAUGAAUGCCCAUUGAAGGCAGAAUUUUCAACCCUAUGGAGCACUAAUAAUGCUGCAACGCCCGUGAUUGACCGGGAAAGAGUUAGGUCUUGCUGCCAGUCUUCAUCUUCAGAAUCCUCAAGUGACAAUUCUGAAGAGCGGGAUGAAUGCGGUGUAGUUGACGCGCUGACGGCAGCAAUAACACAGGUGAGGAUAUCGGAGCCCAAGAGGAGCCGGCUGUGCAGCCCAGCCCCUGUGCUGCUCCCACCGAGCAGGAACGCUCUUCAAACCUGAUUAGAAUGCCGUGCGCGCCAUUCUAACAUGACCCUGCCUAGCCCCAACGUACAUACAGAGCCUCUGAUUCAGUAGAUGUAAAAUUUUUCACCGUGAUUGAUCUUCUGCAAUUGAUGUAAAUGCUAGCUAUUCUGACCAUGUAAUUGCUGUAAAUAUAGCAACUGAUGUCAUCAUUUGUCCUGAUGGCGUGAUAAUUGAUCCGAGUUAGCUGCAUUUAUUGUGCGAGCUUUGUUGGUGCCUUUUGUUAGGGCAAUGAACACGGGUAUUUUUUUUAUAGUAACUUCAGCUCUUUGUUAA